AUGACCGCCAGCCCGCCGAACCAAAGCAUCAUUCUCAGCGCCCAGCAACGCGAACUCAAGCGCCAGCGUGAACAGGUCCGCCGUGAAGCCAAAGUCGCCUUUCGGAGACAAGCCUCUGCCAGCACUCCCGGCUCUUCGCCGCCGCAAAAUCACUCCGCCGUUCCCACUCCUGCCUCCGGUUCCGUCACAGGCUCCCCCUCGUCUUUUCUCCAGUCGCCGCCUCCCGCCAUCAUGGCUGAUUUGAGCGCAUCCGCCGCUACGGGCGGUCUCCCCGGCAUCUACGGAUCCACCAGCAGCGCCUCGUCGCAAAUGCCACUGCUCUCGGAACCCGCCACCACCUCUUCCAGUCUUGGCUCGCCGUCGUACUACUCUUCACCGAUGCACGAUCACCAGCAGUCGGGCGUCUUUUCCUCCUCCUACCAAAAUCAGGGCUACAUGCCAGAAUACACUACGGCCUCGUUCCCGGCCUCUGCACCGGCAACACUGCACUCACAAUACCCACGAGGAAUGCACGACCAGCAGAAUCUUAUGUACCACAUGCCGCCGCCGUCAUCUUCGUCCAUGAUCAGCCCCAACCACAUCUCCCACCACCAGCAGACCGCUCACCAACUGCCCCUGCCCCAGCAGCUCGCACAUCACCAGCAACCACAGCACCGCUCGUCACACCACAGCGGUCUCCACGGCGGUCCCCACGCUCACCAGCCAUCGCCCCCUCUGCCACCGCACGCUCAUGCACACGACAGCGCCAGUGGACCGCACCAGUAUGAGGGCGGCAUGGCUGGCAACACCGUUGGCAGCACGGGUCCGGCGGGUGUACGUGUUGUCCAGAGCCGGCCCAAGCCGCAAUGCUGGGAGCACGGUUGCAAUGGACGACAGUUUUCGACAUUUAGCAAUCUGUUGCGGCACCAGCGCGAAAAAUCGGGACAGGCAACCAAGGCCGUGUGCCCCAACUGCGGUGCUGAGUUUACGCGGACAACGGCACGCAAUGGUCACCUGCAACACGACAAGUGCAAGCAGCGGCGAAGUGGUUGA